UGAGUAAGCUUCAAAAAUAAGCUGUGCUCUCUCGCUUGCUUCUUCUGUUACAAGCAUGUGCUGUGCGUGUGAGCCCAGACUGCCGGCGCUAAAGAUGCCCCAGGUCCCUCAUCGGGCUCAGCCUACUGGGCCACAGUACUUCACUUUUGACCCACUCCCAGAGGUCGAGACGAGUUCAGCUUACAAGAAGUCCUCAAGGUCCAACCGGAUCAAGAAGAGAUCCCGGAGAGUUCUCUACCCCCCAGUGGUGAAGCGCUACUACCCCACCGAGGAGCGCAGUUUCGCCAAGCGCCUGCUCUUUAUCCUCCUGGCGAUCGUCUUCUUCCAAAUCUACAGCGCCGAGGAGGACCUCUCCCUUGCAGUCGCCUCCUCGGGCGCCGGGGAAGGCCUCUUCGCCGCCUCGGGGGCCCAGACGAGGGAAGCCCGCUGCGAAGCCUCCCUCCUGGAGCAGCCCGCCACCGCCGAGCGCUCUUGGGAAAUGGCCGGGGCGGCCAACGCCACCGGCGGUCAGCGCUGGGGAAACCGCGAGGCGUCCGCCUCCGCUAUCAUAGACAUCACCCAGUUUCUGCUGCAGAGCCGGGCUGCUUUCUGAAGGUCUCCCGAAGGAAGGAGCCGAGGCUGAAAUACAGCCACAUUCGAGUUUCUCGUGGUCGAUUGAAGGCAGGAAGGGGGAAUCUUUGACCUGGAGACCCAAACGUCGGAAGGCCUCCAGGCGCCCGGCCCGGCCCUCUCCUUCCAGGAGGGACUUGCUCAGAGUCCAGGAAGGCUGACGUCAAACUCAAACCGACACUACCAUCUGCAGCAGGGAGGGGCUGCAGAUCUGACACGCAAAGGGAGCGGCAUUAAUUAAUUUAAUAUUUAUUAAGAUAAUAAUAUUAUUAUUUCAAUAUGUAAUUUAAACUGACUGUUAUUUAAGAUUGUUUGAGACUGGGAGUUUGCAAGAGAAAUGCUGGCUUGCAUGCGGGGCUGAAUUUUUUUUUACAAACACUUGUUACAUCUGCUUCCUUGGCUAUUCUAGCAAAAGUCCUUAGAAAUGAAUUGCAAUCUCUGAUCUGGAUAAGAUGACCUUUCGGUUUGCUGGUGUAAACUCUUAAAUUUAUAAUGCACUAAUAAAUCAGAGGAUUGUGCUAUGAUGCUCUUAGCUGGUUUGAAGGGGGGAAAUGUGAUUUGAAUGACUGGUGUUAAAUUAUUGACUUGUGAGCAUGGCAUUUCUUAGGUUAAUGAGGAAAAACAAACAAACCUCAAAAGUUUGGGCUCCUCGAUACUUCAAAAUGAAGGCACUACAGAUUAUAAGGAUGCCAUUCAAACUUUUUAUUUAAAAAAUCUAAGAAUGUCAUGCUAAACUUCUUCUGUUCUGGGUCUCAGCCCGCAGCAUUCCUUGCUAUGUGUGUUGCUUACUGUGUAAGCACGCUCUGUCUUAAGAGCAACGACCAUAUCGAAAGCAGCAUUUCCUAAAACACACUCCAUUAAUUUAUUUUGUGAACUACGCCUCGCAUGACAGCGCACUGUUCCAGAUGGACCAUCUGAACUCUGUAUGUUCUGUGAACAAAUGAAUAAACCUUUUAAAAAGGA